AUGGCUCCCGCACGUAAGGGAAAAGCUAAAGAAGAGCAACCCGUGGUAACCCUCGGACCCCAAGCUAAAGAGGGUGAACUUGUCUUCGGUGUUGCUCAUAUAUAUGCCUCAUUUAACGACACUUUUGUACAUGUGACUGAUAUAUCUGGGCGUGAAACCAUUGUUCGUGUAACCGGUGGUAUGAAAGUAAAGGCAGACCGUGAUGAAUCCUCACCGUACGCUGCUAUGCUUGCAGCUCAGGAUGUUGCAGAAAGAUGUAAGCAGAUCGGUAUAAACGCUCUUCACAUCAAGCUUCGUGCGACAGGAGGUACCAAAACUAAGACUCCAGGUCCUGGUGCGCAAGCUGCUUUGCGAGCUCUUGCUCGUAGUGGAAUGAAAAUUGGUCGUAUUGAGGACGUUACUCCUAUUCCUUCCGACAGCACUAGACGGAAGGGAGGGCGCAGAGGGCGUCGUCUCUAA